GCGGCGCUGCAGCUGUAACUGAUUCUCUUUCGUUCUUAGGAUGCGUCUGUUAAAAAGGAUCCUAGCCAUCACUGCCUUUUCAGCCGCAGGCAUAACCUUCGUACUUUUCUCGUUUCCUCUCUACCGCUUCUUCCAUAUCCUCUGGAUGCUCACAAACAUUGGACCUAGCUUUCACGGUUUGUCCGCGUCCGAGGCCCAAAUGACAUCAUCCGUACAUGAAGUCCUUGAAUACGCUGUCUCCUCUCUGCUACGUCCUACUGGCUCUGCACGCGAGACUAGCAUCAAACCACAAAUCAACAGCACAAUAGCAGAAAUCGAGGCCCUUCAAAACAUCUUUACAUGUUACUUCAAUCACAUACCUACUCGAGCGCAAGGCCAUACAAGACCUUCGUACGGACGGUGUAACACAAGCGUCCCUGUAACAAGCAACGUCAAUCAGGGAUCCAUCACUAAUCGUUUCUCUCAGGAACUUGCCAUCACUGGCGCUGUUGGAAUGCAAUUUGUGCUCUCGCAGUCUCUCCUUCCUUUAUCAGACGCAUCUGCAUGGCAAUAUAACUCACCUGUAAUAGAUCCAUUAACGGACGUUCGGGUGCGAGAUAACUACUGGCUGCGCCAUGCUCGAAGUGCAGAUGUCAUCUUGCUCAAUCGCGGGCCGCUCCCUGCUCCUGCGUCCACAUACGCCUCUCAUAGCGGAAAUUGGUCGUAUGCCAAGGAUCUUCCGACUUACCUUGAAGCUAUACGGCCCAACAGCUGGGAAGACCAACCAUUUAUCUACGAUAACAAACAUAUGCAGACCAGGUUACUUGUGAAUGCAGCUUUACACGUCACGCUCACCAGUUUCUUGCCUUCACUCGUGCAGACCCUGAAUGCGCUUCACCACGAUGUCAAUCUACGACAUAAACUUGUGAUAUGGCACGAUAGUCACUUUAUGCACCAAUCUCAUUCAGACAAAAAACCAAGGCUUCGUCGACAUCAUUUUUUAGGGGACUAUUUGCUCUUUCGAGGACAUUUACAGAUAGCAGAAGAUCCGUGGAAAUUCUAUCACAAUGCGCAAGUUUAUAUGCAAAAUUAUGCUAUACGGCGUUUGCUUCCCCACUUUGGCAUCCAGUAUCUCCCGCUCUGA